AUGUUCACCCUCACCCGGACAGCAAAACUUGUUGUGUCACCAUUGAAGAAGUUGAGGAUGAUGGUGGGACACAAUUUGGGCAUUAUUUUGAACCUAUACCAGAUGCUGGAUGGGCGCUGCGUGAGGGGGAGACUAAAUUUGAAGGAUAUAGGAGAUAUCAAGAGGAAGAUGGCGAGGAUCCAUGUUCUCCCUUUGAAGAUGCAUAAGGAAGAGUGGGAUUUGGCCCAAUGGCUCAUUAAAAAUGUUGGUCAGACAUGGACUGAGGAGUUUUUGAAGUUACCGAUAACACAAAACCGUACGAAACUCUCAUUUCAUAACAACCGCUCAUUCUUGCAGAAGAUUGAUGAACUUCCACAUGGACCGGGACAGAGUUGCAGGAAGAUUACUGUGUGUAGUAACCUUGAGGAUGAGAAUGGAGCACUGUUGCAAGAAGAGCUCGAACUUUGGAGCCGUGAUCCUGUAGAGUGUGUCAAAGAGCUUAUCGGCAACCCUUUCUUCAAGGAAGAUAUGGCCUACUCACCUGCCAGAGCAUAUGCAGACCGCACAGGGCAACAUAGAGUGAUUGACAAGAUGUGGACGGCCGACUGGUGGGGCGAGACUCAAAAAGCCCUGCCCAAAGGUGCCAUGAUAGCACUGAUUAUUCUAUUAUUGGACAAAACCAGCUUAUUGCAGUUCAAAGAAGACAAGUCAGCAUGGUCUGUGUAUAUGUCUAUUGGCAAUAUCACCAAAGCAAAAAGGUGUCAGGCAUCGGCACGAGCCACACUAGAGUGCUUCACUUCUGAUGCGCGCUCUCUGGCUGGAUGCAGACUCUUUCAUCAUUGCAUGGCCCUAUUCCUCCAUACUCUCAUUGCUGCUGGACAAAACAGAGUCAAAAUGAUGUGUGUGGACUCGCUGGUUUGUCAUGUCUACCCGAUACUGGCUGCAUAUUGUUUGGUUUCCUAUUGUAAAGAGAAUUGGUGUCCCAAGUGUCUGGUGGCAGCGAAUGAGCGAGGCAAUGGAUUUGAGUCUGCAAUGCGCGAUCCAGAGUCAACAAAAGAUAUUCUAGAAAGGCGCAAUAUUGGUCAGCAUCCUCCAGAAUUUGAGGAGAAUGGUCUACGUGCAGUUUAUAAACCAUUCUGGGCCGAAAUGCCUCAUGCCAACAUUUUCCUGGCUUUCACCCCCAAUCUUUUGCAUCAAAUCUAUAAAGGUGUGUUUAAAGACCACCUCAUGAAGUGGUGCAUCAAUAUUAUCAGGGAAGAUGUGAUGGAUGCGCGAUUCAAGGCCAUCCCAGAUUAUCCAGGACUCUGUCACUUCAAGAAAGGUAUUUUGACUGUGAAACAAUGGACAGGAAGUGAGCAUAAAGAGAUGCAUCAUGUCUUGGUAGUUGUGCAAUCAAUUCUUGACUUAUUCUAUUAUGCCUGGCUCCAAAUUCACACAACUGACAUGCUCAAAGCCCUACAAACUGCCUUGGGAGUCUUUCAUGUGAAUAAAGAUGUCCUGAAAGAACUCGCCAUUCGAGAACAUUUCAAUAUACCAAAACUACAUCAACUCACUCAUUACGUCCAGUCGAUCAUGUUGUUUGGUGCAGCUGAUGGCUUUAACACCGAGCUUCCUGAGCGCUUGCACAUUGAUUUUGCAAAGGACACUUACUGUCACACAGAGCAUCAUUCCUUCAACUCGGACUUGGACUUGGAAGAAAAAGAGGCUGCAUCUCCCAACUUGAACACAAUGACAACAGGGCACACCCUCGCAAAGGUUCUGGCACAUCCUCACCAGACAGUCGAAAAGAUUGUGACAGCGCAUGGUGCUAUCGAUUUUCUCUCUGCUCUGCAAACUUUCCUGUGCAAGAACCUUCCACAUAUCACCAUCGUACCUGGCAUUCAUGACCAUUUCAAUAUUUAUCGUCAAGUGGUCAUCGAGGCACCACCAGAUCAACGAGUGAGCAACACUCCCAACCGGUGGCAUGUUAGAGCAAGGCCAGAAGUGGUAGCAUCUGGCUGUAAGCCUGGUUGCCCUGCUUGUUUUGACAUGGCAUUGAUCUCAGAUGGGCCUCGGUCUUUGCCCUUGCACACUCUUGAAGGUGUGCAAGUAGCUCAGGUUCGUGCUAUACCUUUCAGACAUCCAGACCCUUCCUCUCGAUUGCAACAAGUCUCUUGCUUGACACGCCAACUCCACCGCAAUGCUGCUGUCAUCCACGUUGAUGAAAUCGUACAACCGUGUCACCUAAUACCGAAGAUGGGACAAUCAGUGGAUAUGACAUUGAGAAGUGGAAAUGCAUAUGAGGCAGCAAAUGAUUUUUAUUUUAAUCAAUUCAUUGAUGGUGAGAUAUUUGGCAUGUCUGUCAUAAAUAGUUUGUAG